GCGGGCACUCAAAAUUACGGCCGUCGACAGGCUGCCCUUGACGUGUUUCUAGUGUGCGUUAUCACAAUGCGAGAUGAGAUAGAUGAUUCCCUUUACAGUCGCCAAAGAUGUGUCCUAGGCGAUAAUGCUAUGCAGAAAAUGUCAAAAUCUAGAGUAUUUUUGCAUGGACUUGGAGGUGUUGGUAUAGAAAUAGCCAAAAAUUUAAUACUUGCUGGAAUUGGCGAAAUUGUUAUCCAGGACCACUCCUUUUGCACUCAGGAGGACUUAGGAACUCAAUUUUACGUUCAAGAGUCAGAUGUAAUUGCUGCAAAAACUAGGGCCCAAGCAAGCCUCGGUCAACUAUCUGCUUUGAAUCCAUAUGUUCAAAUUACUGUAGCGUCAAGUGAUGUAACACAAAUUCGUAGCCCAUUAGCUGAUCCAGAAAACAAAAACAUCCUCAAAUCACUAGUGGACGAAGAAUCAUCCACUAGAGUUGAUGUAAGCAUCGUAUCCUAUCGUUAUUCCUUUAUUUCCUGUAUAUUUCUUAAAAAUUGUUUUGUUUUCACUUCUUGGAGUACUCGCCUUUAUGAUGGUUUGUGUUCGGAGUGAAAUAGUUUGUACAAAGCUAUAUUUUACCUCAAUUUAGUCCUUGGUAAUUAAGAUAUUAUGGUACGAACUGUGAGUUGGUGCCACCUUCACAGCCAAGACAUGUUAAAUGACUUAUCAUCUCGAUUAGUCCCAGGCUACAGUUGUUUACGACCGUUUCUGGGAAGAAUGCGUGUAUUUGAAGCAUUUAUUAACAAUCAAUGACGUAAUAACUCACCCUUAUACAUUUUUACAGAGCUUGGGAAGGGAUUAACAAGAUUAAGGACCUAGAAGAUAAGUUAAUACUUUGAUUUUCAAUUAAGGACCGCUAGUUAGGAGGCAGAAAUGAGAAUUGUAUACUAACACUUUCAGGACCUUGAUGAUUUUAAUACCAGUAUCAGAAUAUUGGUCUGAUUGCAACCUUUUUGAGAACUAUGCAAUGUCACAUGUUGCCUGGUAAGUAGUAAUCACGCUAGCUGUGUGUGGUGAAUGAUAAUGCAAUCCACCCAUCAGUUUUAGAAUUUCAACUUUAGGCAUGUUUAUUUUUUAAGGCAAACAUGAAUUCGCUCAAACUGUCAGAAUUUGUCACCAGCGAGUUGUGUACCAGUAUUAUUCCACUAAUCUUCGAAACAACGUGAAGCAUGACCUAUUAAAUUGCCAUAAGUAGUUUUGAAUACAACGUAGUACCCAUGUGUGUGCAAAUUCUAACUGGAAUUAAAGGAUUUUGGUCAUCUGAGUAUUGUUCAUUACAGUACACAGUUUCUUCACACAAGAGUUGUGCUUUUCUGCGUCUGCUUUUACUUCAGUCAUCCUUUUCCUGCAGUACUGAUUACUUGAUGCUUACCUCAGGAUUAUUUUAUUCACUAAUUAUAUGCUUAGAAUUACAUCAAAGGGCUUUAAUCCUAUUUUGGCUCAUUACUCAUUGCGGGCACGCACAUUGCUCCCAUCACGUCAAACUACUGUUUUUUUUGUCAGGUCGCUGAAGUAGUAUAUAUUUUAUUUUUAUAUAUAUUUCAUUUUAUACUGCAAAUUUCGUUUUCCUUUCUUUAUCGGAAUUUAUCAAGGGAGCCAAAUGUAUGACAUAUUAGUUUUGUUUAAAACGUUGCCAACUAAGUAGUAAUCCCUUAUCAAAUGAUAUCCUACUUCAUAAUGUGUUAUUUCUGUAUCCCGACCGAUAGCUGCUACCUUGACGUGGUGGUCGGGCUUGCAUAUCGCAAUAAGCCAACUAGCUACACUUGUUGGGACUAUUGUUCCUGCAGAUUGUACCAUGCCAGAAAAGUUGUUAGGAUAGCGAUUAGACUAAAAGCAGUUACCGGCAUAGUGUGACAAUUCUCUUACACUACGCUGGGGGUAUGUGGGCGAAGUCGUACUGCUGGGAAACAGGAAUGUAACAGCAGUAAGAUGUUUCACUCAGGUGACCAGCAUGCCAGCUAUGCUGUCUUUCCACUCUGGAGGGAGGGGGUUAGAAAAGGUCGACCCCAACAAUUGUACAUCCCGACUUACCCUACAGUGGUCCGUAACCGGCGGUAAGUUUACUAAUAUUUUAUUUAUUUAUUUAUUUUGAUUUACAGCUUGAUUCCACACCGUAUUUUCAGUACAAGUGUGGAAUUUUCAGCAUGGAUAUUGGUGGCCCAAAUUCAGGCCGACCAUAGAUAUCGGGUGUGCGCCGGCAGGGGAUCGAACCCCGGACCAUGUGCGUGGUCGGCGAGAG